UUGAGAGACACACACACAGAUACACAAACACACACUGAACCACACACACACAGAUACACACAAACGCGUUAAAAAUGUCACACUUUGACGGGUGCGGCGGAUCGUACUUCGACCGCCGUGGCUCAAACAGCGGUGCCGGAGGAGAGGGCUCUUACCCCGCCGCAAUGAGGGGCUCGCCGGACCAAACCGAGUUCUCUGCCGACCUGAGCGCUUACAUGGACCCGACACACCCCCCGCUACACGGCCACCCGCCCACCCGUAUCACCGACGAGCUCCUCGACUACCCUGCAAAGCACACCUUUCACUACCGACCGGUCCCGCAAACUCACACCCAGCAGCAGCUGCUCGGGCACGGCUACCCGGGGGGGGGUCUGCAGGGUCUGCUGCCCCGGGUGGGGGUGAUAGUGAAGGAAGAGGGGAGAGGCGGGGGCUCUCUUGUUGCCCCCCACCGCGGGCAGCCCGGAGGGUACGAGCUUCAACACAGCCUGCCCUACCAGCUCUCCCACUCCCACAGCACGCAGGAGGCGGCGGGUCUCAGCAUCACCACGGCGCCCCCCAGUGUCGACUCGCAGCUCCGACCGGUCAGGGCUUCCUCGAUGAAAGACGGAGCCGUCAGCCCCCUUUACCCCUUCCCACAUCCUUCCCUCCCCGGCCCCUCCUCCCUGAAGCUCAAGAAGGCCAUGAAGAAGGAUUCUCUGGAGUACCGCCUGAGACGCGAGCGGAACAAUAUUGCUGUGCGCAAGAGCCGAGACAAAGCCAAACGCAGGAACCUGGAGACCCACAAGAGGGCGCUAGACUUCAUGGCAGAGAACCAGCAACUACGGGAGAGGGUGAGCAGGCUGAGCCAGGAACUGGACACGCUGCGCAACAUCUUCCGAGAGCUCCCCCCGGAGGCCAGGCAAGGCACUGCGACUGCCACGGUGUCAGGGGAUUUAUUGAGGAGUUGAAGGGAGAGCGGACCGGAGGGGAGUUUCUAGCUGAGGGAACUGUGCUUCUAUGUGCUGGCCGAGCGCGGUACUGCAACUGUGGAAUGGAGAUUGACUGAGGACACCUGGUGUUGAAACUGCGCUACUGCAAUUUUGGAAGGGAGAUUGACUGACACCUGGUGGUGAAACUGCGCUACUGCUACCUACCCUGGGGGGCAGGUAUUACUAUCAAUGUUGGGACAAAAUUUGAGAAAAUGUCCCCACAAAGACAGUAACU